UUUCGAUGAUCUGGUGUAAAUAGAAAAUGAGCAAAACGAUAAGGAGGAGGUUCUUGAUAUGAUCUCCCCCCGUGAGCCAAUUCCCGAUAGGCGAAACAAGGGCGACGACAACUGCAAGGUCGAAUUCAUACCACACACGUGAUCCAGGCAACAUUGAGCUUGAGCUUGAAUGCCUCAUUUGCAGGGAGGGGCUUUGAAGCGCGGCCAGUUCCAACGUGUCGAUCUUGGGGCACUGGCGUCGACCUGGGCUCGGGCUCGACUUCUCCUUCCCCUUCUCUCCAGUGGUGACCUCUUGAGGUGGCGUCUCAUCCUCAUCCUCUCAUCACUCGACAUCCGACUCUCAUACUCCAUUUCAGGGCUCCCAUCUUCGCCCUCCUGUUCCUCUCCCCCGUCUUUCCCUCGGCAAGCUCAGUGA